AUGUCAAAAAAGAAUAGAGAUCUGGGAACGGCUGUUGGGCGGAACCCCACUUACACUCUUGAAUGCUCAUUAAGGAGAGUAAGAGACCUUGAUGACUGCCUUAGAUGGGAAACCCAUUUGCCAUUGCCUGCUGUGGAUAGAAUUAAUUCAAAGUCAGACAACCAAUGUUAUGUUUGGGACAAUGUACUGAUCCUGUUUCUGCCUGUUCUAUCCUUCUGCGAUGGUUGUAGGUUGAGUCAAGAGUGGCAGGCAUACAUUUCUCGCACCCAUAAACUACGGAAGACUUUCAUUUCUGUGAAAGGAAUUUAUUAUCAAGCAGAGGUCGAGGGGCAAAAAGUUACUUGGUUAACUCCUCAUGCAUUGCAACAAGUACUGCCUGAAGUGGAUUACAGGGUCUUGCUUACCUUUUUGGAAUUUUAUGAGACUCUUCUUGCAUUUGUUAACCACAGACUCUAUCAUUCAAUAAAUGUGACAUAUCCACCAAUUCUUGACCCUCGGUUGGAAGCUCUGUCUGCAGAUCUUUAUGCAUUGUCAAGAUAUCUUGAUGCCAACGGCCAAAUGAGUACAAAAGCCGUCACCUCAUCUGGCUCUGAGCCAGCUGAACAUCAACAGGAUCAAGCUGGUGAUUUAAUGCAACAGCUUCCUUCCAAUGAACCUGGUGCUUUGAUGCACCUUCUUGAAGAUGCUUCUAGGGAGGAUGAGGAAGAUUCAGAGACUAGGGAAUGCAAAUAUCUCUUCAGGAACAUUAAAUUCUUCUUAAGUCGUGAGUCUCCUAGAGAGUCGUUGCUGUUUAUCAUCCCUGCAUUUGGUGGCAAAGUUUCUUGGGAAGGUGCCGGUGCACCUUAUGAUGAGUCUGAACAAAGCAUCACUCAUCAGAUUGUUGAUAGGCCAACUCAAGGACAUAAGUUCCUUUCCAGAGAAUACAUCCAACCUCAGUGGGUUUAUGAUUGUAUAAAUGCACACAUCAUUUUACCUACUGAGAAAUAUAUUGUCGGAUGUGUACCUCCACCGCAUUUGUCUCCAUUUGUAGAUAAUGAUGCUGAGGGUCAUGUUCCUGAGUAUGCUGAAGCUAUUGAGCGACUAAAGGCUGCCGAAAGAAAGGAAGUCUUGCCAUUGCCUGGCAUGGGAAAAGAGGAUUUGGACGACCCUCAAAGUUUACUAGGCAUCAUUGAUCGGGCAGAAGCUAUCGAGGCUGCUAAGAAGAAACAGAAGAUGUUAAUGCAGGAGAAGAAGUACCAUGAAGAACUGAAGCUAGAGCUUCAAGGUGCUCAGUUGCCUUCUCUCCAAAGUGGCGUUGAAGUUGAGGAUGCUGAAGAAGAUGCUUUACCUGAUCUGCAACAAAGGGCCAAGGAUGCUGAUAGCAUGUCUGAGGUUUCUAUGUCGCGCAAGAAGAGGAAACUUCUAGAAGCAAUGAAGGUAAAAGAAAGAUAA